GUCAGCUCUUAUUUACCACCUUGUUUGUUGCUAGAGACCUCGCGGGGGAUCUACAAUGGCAACCAACUUCACGAGUGUACCGAUACUCGACUAUUCUCAGGUGUCUUCACCGGAAUCGCGUUCUGCGUUCGUUAAGGAACUACGAUAUGCACUCAUUAAUGUCGGAUUCCUUUACCUGUCCAACCCGCCUGUCGCAGGAGAAGACAUUCAGGCACUGAUCGACUAUGUUCCGCGUCUGUUUGCGCUACCUCAGGAGGAGAAGGACAAAAUCCGCAUGGCCAACUCGCAGCAUUUCCUCGGAUACUCUGCUCUUGGACGCGAGCUAACCAAGGGGAAAACUGAUCAGCGAGAGCAAUUCGACUUUGCUACUGAGCACGAGAAUCGAUGGAAACCAGGCGAUCCGGAAUAUCUAAAGCUAUGGGGUCCUUCGCAGUGGCCAGAUGAAACUUUAUUGCCCGGGUUCAAGGCCACGAUGCUCCGGUACUUGAAUCAAGUCGAGCAGCUCAGCUAUGACUUCAUCACUUUGUUAUCUGAAGCUUUUGGGCUUUCCUCGGACGCACUGGACGUGUUCUUUGAUAAGAGCCCGGGUGCGAUGCAACACCGUGGCAAGGUUGUGAAGUAUCCAGCACUUGACAGUGUAAAUUCGAAUCAAGGGGUCGGCCCACAUUACGAUGCCGGGUUCUUGACAUUCCUUCUGCAAGUGUCACCACACCCAGGAUUGCAAGUUCAGAACCUCUCAGGCGAAUGGAUUGACGCUCCUCCGAUCCCGGGAACCUUUGUCGUGAACAUCGGGAAAGCUCUGGAGACCGUCACCCAAGGUCUUGCUCGUGCCACCUCCCAUAGAGUCUUGUCUCCCCCAAGGGGGUCGACUCCUCGAUAUUCGAUCCCGUUCUUCCAGAAUAUCAGACAAGAUAUAAAGCUGAGUGAUGUUCGCCUGGAGUUCCCAGCUGACGUGCUCAAGCUAAAGGAAGCCCGAGGCACCACCGGCGAGACGGAUUCUGUUAAUUUCUCGGAGUAUGACCGGUUGCCAUCUGGCGAGGUCAAUCUCAUCGGGCGGAUAAAGAGUCACCCGGAUGUUGCACAGAGGCAUUACCCUGAACUCUUCAAGCACUUCUUCCCACAAGGUCUGCCCGAGUACGGGUCAGCAUAUUGAAAAGACGCGGUGCGAUGGUUACCAGAAACCUUAAGCUCCAACAUGCGAGUGGGCGUAUUUGAGGAAUGUAAUUACUGGGCAUGGAUGGUAUUGUUUGAUCAGGAUGGAGUCUCUAAGAUGGAAGCCGGU